CCGAGGAAAACAGAAAAAAUCAUGUUGGUUUGUCUUGUAAAAGUGAACUAACACAGACGUUAAAUCCGGUGGAUUUUUAUGAGGAAAACUGAAAGAGGGAUUAAUUUAUUAUUUCCUAAUUUGUGAGUGAAUUUAAGGUUAAGUCUCUCGGAUCAAUCAGGAUCUCUUCGCUUAAUGUACGUUAAAGUUUUACUUGAAUAAUGCAAUCGCAUUUUUCCAGCUGUUGGAUCCUGAACGCAAGUUUGGACAGGUAACGUGCGCGCACACGCCCUUCUAUGAGCACAACAGGUAUCAGAAUCAGGAAGCGCCCGUGUCGUCAGACAAAGUCAAUCCACCAUGCGCGAUUCAAGGAUUUAAACCAAACAACAAUUUUAAAAACACACGCCUAUAUAUUAUUUUGGAAAGUUCAGGAACCUCUGAAGGAGAACGAUGGGUUCGUGUGUGUUUCCAGUGCUCAUUGGAUUGAUUUUACUGCAGAUUCACAAAAUCUCAGAGUGUCAUAAAAUAGAAGUGACCCCUGAUUCGGGCACCAUCGUAAUCUUCAGCAAGAAGCCAGGACAGGGUCUGGAUUGUAGUGUGUGUAAGGAUGAAGGUCCGUCUCAGACCUGUAACUCCAACCUCAGACUUACUGAAGCUAAGCCCACUGUCGUGACUUUCAACUGUUCUCAGCCGGGGGACGUCUUCACUGUGGAGAUCAAUCAACAAAUCGAGUGCUCAGCAACAAGCUGCGGGAUCACUGCAGUGCAUCCAGAUUCAACCCGAUUCCUUGAGUUCACCAGAACCUUCACCUGGGAUCUGAAGGUUCAGUCAGGCAGGAUGUUGCAGCUGGACUUCCCAUCUCCAGGAAUGAGACAGAUCAAGCCUUCAGAAUCCUGUCCAGACAAACACACCUACACCACCAUCACAUACCAGCGAGCAGGACCGGCCAACAUCGGCACGUUCUGUCGGAACGGUACCAUCAGUCGUAUUCAGGUCUUGUAUAGAGGUCGAGUGACUCUGGAGGUUCCCAAAGGUACAGACCUGAGCCCAUCUGACUUCAAAGUGACCAUGGGACCAGCAGCAACAGCACUAGUGGAGGUGGACGUCAAGCUGCCCAGAGGACCGUUUUCUGCUGAUUUCUUCACGCCAAACUAUGCCGCAGGCUGGUACAGUGAAGAAAAAAUCAAGUGGAACUUUGCUGUUAUGCCUAUGCAUAAUUUUACUGUACGCUUUCAACAAUACACUCCACCAGAAUGCCAAAAGAAAACUGUUGCAUGUGAUUAUGCACUCCGAGACAAGCCUCGAUUCUCAAAGGUCCCAACAGACGCUCAACCGACCAAUGAACUGGGAGAUUUCAGUCUGACUCUGGCCAAUUGUGAUGCAAAGAAAGGAGCGAACAUUCCUGGGCUUUCCUUGCACUUAAACGUGGAGGUGUUCAGGAGUGGGACUCCAUAUCUUUGCACUGUGGAUCUCCGGAAUGAGGAGGGAUUGAGUCUGCAAAUAGAAAAUAAAAACCCGGCGUCGUACUGUGAAAUGAGCAUGAACUCUGUGAUGCAGGAGAAAAUAGUGGUUCCUGCUGGCACCAAAGCUGACCUGUCCUUCCUCGACUGUCCCGUGCAGGAUCUGCAGCUGACAGCAACCAAAGUCAUAGACUGUCCCAGUGUGUCUGACCGUGAUAUCACCGGGACGUCCCUCACCAUUCCCACUUUGGAUCCCAAGCUUCCUGUUCCCCUCCAUCAGUUCACGUGGCUGCUCCGUGUGCAGGAUCAAGACACCGUGGAUCUCAUGGCUCCGAAGGGAAACCUGCACCAGUCUCUACCAGACAAGCAGUGUAACGAGAGAGUCUCGCUGCUCAUAUCUGAGACUGAGGGCUCACGCAUUGGCCAGUUUUGCUCUACAGCUGAAAGCACUAUCCAAAAAAUCCAAAUCAGAGGAAACGUUUCCAUCACCGUAACUCCUAAAAAUAUAAAAGACCUGAGCCAGGAGAAAGAAGCUUUAUUAAAAGUCGGCAUCAGUCCAGAGAUCUCUGAAAAUGUCAUCUACACUGUAUCUCCACUCAUUUCGGGACCCAUGUACCUUGCGACACCAAACUGGCCUGACGGCAUGAAUCCUUCCUCGUCCGUCUCAUGGGUCGUCUACGUUCCCCAAGACUACAAGGCCGAGCUGCUGCUCAACGACAGCAAGCCCAAAUGCGACACAGGCCACGCUGAGAUCGAGGUCGGACCGCUGGACUCUCAAGGCCAAACGCAGGCCUGGAGAGAAGAUCAGAGUUUCCCCAGCCCUGUCGUCCAGCAGCAGAGCUUCUACCUGAACAUGUCCAACUGUGAGCCCAAGAGCGACCGCUUUGCUGUGCUCUCAAAAAUCAGUCUGCAGAAGGAAACCAAGAAGUUCCUGGGCAUUAUCUUGGGUGUAGCCGGGGUGCUGCUGUUGUUGGUGAUCAUCGCACUAAUAGUUGUCUGCGUCAUUCGAAAAAGAAAAAACAAACCAAAGACCAACAGGUCCUCCAUUUACAUGCCCAGAGGGAAACCUUUCCUCCCGGGCAACGCCGUCUUCUCCAAAUCCAGAGCAGAUAAUGAGUCCCACGUCUACGCCUCUAUUGACGACCCCACCAUGUACGGACAUCCGGACAAGAACCGACCUUCAGAGGUUGACAACGGAGCCUGGAGCAACGGACAUCAGGUGGACGCGUACCGUCCGUUCACGGGCGCCACUGACCCCGUCCCGGCAGCUAAAGAUUCACCUGCUGACUAUUCGCUGGACAGGAGAGACGAAGAUGCAUUUCAGCCUUUCCUUAACCCGCCCAACACCUUUAACCUCCCGAGGCCUCGCUCGCCGCUCAUAUCACAGGGAAGCUUAGGAUUCGAAGAUCGUAGGAUGAUGGAUUACACGCUAAACACUUUCAAGAGUGGCGGGGAUAUAAAUCCCAUUCGUCUGUCUACCGACGAAUCCAGACUGCAGCCGCAAAUGGAUUCAGACUCUAAUACUUAUCCUGAGCCGGAAUACGAGGCGGCCAUGUGAGGAUACGAUUAAUCGCCUGCUCGCCAAAAACUGUGUCAGAUUUUAUUUGGGAGAGCGGAAAAGCCAUUGGCUGCAAGCCUGCGCAUGUGCGCAUACAAAGACAGGGUGUAAUGUAAAGCUUUGAACUGAUACAAAAAGGCCACGCUCUUUCUCGCCGCCCUAGUGGUCAUGUGUGUAUCUUGCAUGUACUGAAUAUUUUAUUAAAAAUUCAGUUUUAAAGAUUUUUAACAGGCUUUUAGCCUGAAUGUACAGAAUUAACACUCUUGUCGGAGCUGUUUGAAAACCGAAUCUUCAGGUGGAAGUGUUUUGUGACUUUCUCUAUUGGAUUUUUUUUUGUUUUAACUAAGAGUGAUUGUCUCCAGGCUACAGGUUUCAUGUGUUUUUGGUUUUUCAGUUCUGUAUGUUUACUUCAAGCAUUCCUAAAAUAAAUUCUCAGGUAUUUUAAUAGAUGCUCCUCUCUGUUCAGAAUAUAUUAGGAAUGAAGAUAAUCACACACAGACUAGAAACAGAUGCAGAGUUUUCACUUUUUCUGCAAUGAAUUUGAAGAAAUUCAUCGGAAAUCUCUGGAUUAUCUCAGUUUACAAGGUAAAAUUAGGGAUGCACUAAUAUAAGAAUAUUUAUCAUUAUUUUCAUAUCAGGUCACACUUGUUUUAAAGGAUUAGUUCACUCCUGAAUUAAAUAUUUGAGAAUGAGAGAUUUUACUGACUCCCAUGUCAUACAAGAUGUUAAAAAAAAAAGGAAUAUUUGAGGAAAAUAUUCCAGGAUUUUUCUUCAUAUUGUGGAUUUCAAUGGGGAUCAGCGGGUUGAAAGUUCACUAUAUGGAGAAAAGUACUGUCAUGUUUUCUUGAAAAACCUUAAUUUCUUUUUGAAUGAAAAAAAGAAAGACAUGAACAUUUUGGAUGACAUAGUGUUGAGUAAAUUAUCAGGAAAUUUUAAUUCUGGAAUGAACUAAUCCUUUAAACGCUCAUAAUAGAAUUAAAAUUAAAUAUUAAAUAUUGACCAAUGUAUUGUAUAAAAAUUGUCUUGAACUAAUAAAUUAUUUUCAUGUCAAGCUCAAUAACCAUUAAAUGGUUGAUAUUAAAGCAUGCCAUUUUGUCUAAAUUAAUUAAAAAAUUAUUAAGGGCUAAAACUAAAGCUAUGCAUCACAUCAUUAUAAAAUAUUGUGUAAAAAAUGGAGAUUCAUUUUGAGAUUACAUUUAUGCCGUUAAGUGACUGAUAGAGACAAUCUAAAUGGAAAAUUUGGCAGAAAUGAGAAUAACUGAUAAAUAAAGCUGGCAAAUCAAAACUCAAUGACAGAUGAAAGCAAAGUUAAUCAAAAUAUUUAAUGAAUAUGUAAUGAGCAUUUCAAUUCUAUGGAAAUCUGCAGGCAUAUUUUUGAUAUACUUUGAGAUAAAAAUAUAUAUUCAGGUUAUAUCAGGCUAGACAUUUAGUUUGUUAGAAAAUAAACAAGUAACAAAGCUAGCAAUCUGAAAUAAUCAUCGUUCAACUGGAUUUUUUCAGGAGGUUUUGUUAAAAAAAAUUAAGGAUUCAGUAAUCUUAAAUUUAAAAUUUACUCCCCUUUAAGACAUCCAAGAUGUAAAUGAGUUUGUUCAUUAGAAUAGAUAUGGAAAAAUGUAGCAUUACAUCACUUGCUCACCAAUGGAUCCUCUGCAGUGAAUGGGUGCCGUCAGAAUUAAAGUCUAAACAGCUGAUAAAAACAUCACAAUAAUCCACAAGUAAUUGACACAACUUCAGUCCAUCAAUUGACAUCUUGUGAAGAAAAGAUGUUUUCAUUUCAAACCAUUGGUUCCAGCUAAAAUAUGAGUCCUCUAUCCAUUAUAGUUUUAAGUGAAAAGGUCAUUUUGUCUGAAUGAGGAGAGAAAUAUGCAGCAUUUAAAAGUGAAAACAGCCUAAAAGAGUUCUAAACAACGCUACAGUGGAGGAAGUGUUAUCAUGGACUGCUAUUUUAGCCAGAAGCAAUGGUUUAAAGUUAAAACACUUACAAAUGUCUUGCAAAGGUAAAAGCUGCAUGUUUGUAUGAUUGACUGAGGUCCUGUGGAUUACUGUGGUGUUUGGAUGGCUUAAGGUUCAGUGAACUUUAAUUUUGUUGGAGAUGAAUUACUCCUAAUGUGUUUGUUUACUUUGUGUUUUUGGCUAGAUCUUAAUGGAGACUGUUCAAAAAUGUCUUUUAUUGCAGUGUUCUGUUUUUGAUUAUAGAUUGGCUUUGGUAUCUGAACAUUUUUAAGGCGUAAAAUGACAAUCUUUGUUCUCCUCAGAAGAAAAUAUGCAAUUACGGAGCGAACACAAUGCAAGCAGGAUUGUGCAAUGAAAAGGACAGGACAGGUCAAGCAAACCGCCGUGCUGGACGAUCUCAGACUAUGUUGAACUCGCAGACGGACGCUCUCUCAUCGCGACAGCUCUCGUCCAGCCAUUUCCCACCGGAAGCGGCGGAGAGUACGGCGCAGUUCUCGGCGCUUCCGCCGUCGGGCUGCGGGAGUUUCCAGUUCUUGUAGCGAAUGUUUGAGCCCGCCUGGUCCUUCCACACGCCCUCCGUCUGCAUGUCAUUGAUGCCCAGCCAGAUUUCAGCGUCUGGUCCGAUGCUCUGGCGCACGUAAUCGUAGAGUUGCGUGUUUUCGUCAGAAGACAGUGGAGUGCUGAGGAUUCCUCCCUUGGCGAUGCAGUCUUCAUUGGCCGCGUGGUAGCGCUUUUUUACGGAGUCCACCAGAAAACACUUACCAGGGAUCUUUGUGCCUCUCAGACAGACUGGCGGAGAAUAAAGACGCGCGUGUUUAGGUUCUUUAAAUGCCUUAUAAAAUGUACAAAAGCAUUUCUGUUGUCUUUUUAAAAUAAAAUAAAGUGUAAUGUAUUCUA